CCACAAGAAAAUUUUUGUAAGGUGGAGGAGGACGGGGUUUUCAGUGACCAGCACCUCGAUAACCUAGAGAGGAGCUGCAGCCCGGACCAGGAGGAACCAGGGCAUCCACAGACUACAGAACUGGAGGAAGACUCCAGCGGUCAGGAGAUGAAGCACGAGGACGUAGAGGUGGAUGUCUCAUUGGUCAAUCUCGCUGAUGUGAAAGUUGAAAAUGGUGAACCAGGACCAAACUGUGGCCAGCUGCUGUUGCACACUUCUCCUGAAGCUGAAAACAAAGAUGAGGAAGGGACUGAAAGUUUACGCUCAGACUCCAAUAAAACUGCAGAUCCGGAGCCAAUGAGACAACACGGUGACCACGAAGAUGCUGCUGUCCUGUCAGACAGCAACUGUAAAUCAAAGCUGACCAAGACCCACGCAGGGAAGAAGGCGUUUUCUUGCAGCACUUGCAGGAAAGAGUUCAGUAAAAGUCGUAAUUUAAUGAAUCACAUGAAGAUCCACACUGGCGAAAGGCCGUACCUGUGCAAAACCUGCGGAAAAUCGUUUACUGAAUCAUCUGAUCUUAACCGGCACAUAACCACGCACACGGGCGAGAAGCCCUACAUCUGCAAAACUUGUGGAAAAAGUUACAGUCAACCUUCCAACCUGGUGAUUCACUCAAGGAUCCACACAGGCGAGAAGCCGUACUUGUGCAACACCUGCGGAAAAACCUUUACUAGAUCAUCAGUUCUUAAACGCCACAUAACCAUGCACACGGGUGAGAAGCCCUACAUCUGCAAAACUUGUGGAAAAAGUUACACAGAACGUUCCAACCUGGUGAUUCACUCGAGGACCCACACUGGCGAAAAGCCAUACAUGUGCAACACCUGCAGCAAAACCUUUACUAUUUUAUCGGAUCUUAAACGACACAUAACCACGCACACGGGCGAGAAGCCCUACAGUUGCAAAACAUGUGGAAAGAGUUACAGGCUACGUUCCUACCUGGUGGCUCACUCGAGGAUACACACCAGUGAAAGGCCGUUCGUGUGCAACACCUGCGGAAAAACCUUUACUAAAUCAUCAAACCUUAAAAGCCACAUAACCACGCACACGGGCGAGAAGCCCUACAUCUGCAAAACAUGUGGAAAAAGUUACAGGCUACGUUCCCACCUGGUGGAUCACUCGAGGAUCCACACCGGCGAAAGGCCAUACCUGUGCAACACCUGCAACAAAACCUUUGCUGUAUCAUCACAUCUUAAACGGCACAUGACCACGCACACAGGCGAGCAGCGAUAUUUGUUCAACCCAGAUUUAUGCUUGUCCGUCAACUUGACGCAGAGGGAACAAUGUGGUUGUCCACAAGAAAAUGUUUGUAAGGUGGAGGAGGACGGGGUUUUCAGUGACCAGCACCUGGAUAACCUGGAGAGGAGCUGCAGCCCGGACCAGGAGGAACCAGGGCAUCCACAGACUACAGAACUGGAGGAAGACUCCAGCGGUCAGGAGAUGAAACACGAGGACGUAGAGGUGGAUGUCUCAUUGGUCAAUGUCGCUGUUGUGAAAAUUGAAAAUGGUGAACCAGGACCAAACUGUGGCCAGCUGCUGUUGCACACUUCUCCUGAAGCUCAAAACAAAGAUGAGGAAGGGACUGAAAGUUUAUGCUCAGACUCCAGUAAAACUGCAGAUCCGGAGCCAAUGAGACGACACAGUGACCACGAAGAUGCUGCUGUCCCUUCAGACAGCAACUGUAAAUCAAAGCUGACCAGGACCGACACUGGGAAGAAGGCGUUUUCUUGCAGCACUGGCAGGAAGGAGUUUAAUAAACGUAGUAUUUUAAUGGAUCACAUGAAGAUCCACACUGGCGAAAGGCCGUACCUGUGCAACACCUGCGGAAAAUCGUUUAGAAAAUCAUCAACAUUCAACAAGCAUAAAAUGAUCCACAUGGGUGAGAAGCUCUACGUCUGCAAAACAUGUGGAAAAAGUUACAGGCAAAAUUCCAGCCUGGUGGUUCACUCGAGAAUCCACACUGGUGAAAAGCCGUACCUGUGCAACACCUGCAGCAAAACCUUUACUAAUUUAUCAGCUCUUAAACGCCACAUGACCACGCACACGGGCGAAAAGCCCUACAUCUGCAAAACAUGUGGAAAAGGUUACACAAAACGUUCCAACCUGGUGAUUCACUCGAGGACCCACACUGGCGAAAGGCCGCACCUGUGCAACACCUGCGGAAAAACCUUUACUCAAUCAUCAAUUCUUAAACGCCACAUGACCACGCACAUGGGCGAGAAGCCCUACAUCUGCAAAACAUGUGGAAAGAGUUACAUGCAACUUUCCACCUUGGUGGUUCACUCGAGGAUCCACAACGGUGAAAGGCCGUACCUGUGCAACACCUGCAACAAAACCUUUACUAAUUCAUCACAUCUUAAACGCCACAUAACCACACACUCGGGCGAGAAGCCCUACAUCUGCAAAACAUGUGGAAAAGGUUUCACGCAACGUUCCUGCCUGGUGAUUCACUCGAGGAUCCACACCGGUGAAAGGCCGUACCUGUGCAACACCUGCAGCAAAACCUUUACUACAUUAUCGGAUCUUAAACGCCACAUAGACACGCACACGGGUGAGAAGCGAUAUUUGUGCGAGAUGUGCAACAAAGGUUUUAGCCGCAAAAGUAUAUUGCUGAAUCACAUGAAAAAUCACCCGGAGGAGAAGUCUGGUGACUCGUGACAAAUGAAGUUCAUGUUGUCGUCCUCCGGGGGCAGAUGUCCACUACUGUCUGACCCACAGAAGAAGAACCCGCAGAAGUCCAACCACCACCUCCUGUGGCUGAUGAGCCUAAUCCCCUCCCCACAAGGGUUGCAGGUUCAACACAGAUUUAUGCUUCUCCGUCAACUUGACGCAGAGGGAACGAUGUGGUGGUGUACUUUUUUUUAAAGUUCUGCAUUGAGUUUGUUUGAAUCCCUGUUCCUUCUUAAAAUCGUAUUAUUUGUUGCUGUUGGUAACUUG